AUGUUGGCGACAUCGGUUGCGCCCGUAUUGGGUGCAUUGGCCCUGUGGUGGGUGUUCCGACCGUGGGUUCAGCAGGCCGCCUUUUCGCCGCUCGCUAAACUGCCGACGGUCCACUGGAGCUGCUCCUGGUCCCCGCUAUGGGUUCUAUACUUGCGAUACUCGGGCCGGGAGCUCGAGGUCAUGCACGAAGCACACCAGAAGCUAGGUCCGGUCUUGCGCGUCGGCCCCCGGGAUGUCAGCGUGAGUUGCUACAAUGAUGGCGUGCGAACCAUUUACGGCGGCGGCAUGGACAAGCCCGACUAUUACGACUACUACCAAUAUCACGAUGUCGAAAACUCCUUUUCAACCCUUCUUCGCGGCGACCAUGCAGUGCGUCGUCGCCGCGUCGCCGGUGUAUACACCAAGACUUUCGUGCAAAACUCGCCUCACCUCGCCGUCCUUUCUCAAAAGAUCAUCGAUGGACGUCUCUUGCCACUCAUGGCCGAUCUCGCCAAAAAGGGCGAGACCUUUUGCAUGCUGCGCCUGACCUGGGCCCUGUCCUUUGAUCUCAUCACCUCUUUCAUCUUUGGUCUCGAGGCUGGCUCCAACUUCCUGGCCGACGUGUCAAAGAUUGACAAGAUCACCGAUGCCUACGACAACCGCUACCCACACGAGACCUUUUGGAAGAAGGAGACCCCCUUGCUGCACAAGGCCUUGGCUUCUUGCGGCUUGUCGCCUCUGGGCGCGAGAAACACAAAGUAUCAGAAUGCCAAAAAGUUCCUCGAGGCCUUUACCCUCAACUUUUGUCACCGUGCCGACGCUGUCCUCAAGCGCGGCAAGAAUGUUACCAAGGAGUCGGGCAACUACCCCAUGGUUUUCGCUGCCAUGAGGAAUGCCGUCGACAAGGAGUACCCCAACCUCUCGGAAAAGGCCAAGAUGACAAUCAUUGCCAGCGAAAUGUUUGACCACUUGUCCAGCGCCCAUGAAGUCUUUGGCCUCGUCCAAGCCUACACCCUGCGCUUUGUAGCCCAAAACGGCGGCGCCCAGUCCCGCCUGCGCGAAGAGUUCCUCGGCAACCAGGCCGACCAGCCCUACUCACCGCAGUCGGCCUCGACCCUGGGCGGCCUCCCGUACCUGAGCGCCGUCAUCAACGAGUCCUUCCGCCUGCGGCCCACGGGCACGCCGCUCCCGCGCAUCACGCCCCAGGGCAAGACGACCCGCCUCGGCGGCUACGAGGGCAUCCCGGGCGGCGUCCGCGUCAACACGUACCAGUGGUUCCUGCACCGCGACCCGCGCAUCUGGAACGCGUCCGAGGACUGGAUCCCCGAGCGCUGGCUCAAGGAGACGGGCGGCCAGGGCAAGGACCAGGUCCUGUGGCCUUUCUGCUCGGGUCCGCGCAUGUGCGUCGGAAACCACUUGACUGAUUAUCUGAUGCGCCAGAUCAUGUCCUCCAUGAUGACCAACUUUGAGCUUCGCAACCAGUACACGGAGCUCCUCGACCGGGAAGACAUUGGUACGGCUAAGGACAGAAUCCCCAUGGUCAUAAAGGCGCUGUCCUGA